AUGCCGGCGACGAAUCUGCUGCGGGGAAAAACCGCCAUCAUAACAGGGGGAACUACGGGUAUUGGCCGAGCCAUUGCCCUCGAAUAUCUGCGCCAGGGGUCCAACGUAGUAGUGAACCAUCUAGGUCUCGAGCGCGACCAGCCUCAUCUUGAAUCUCUAGUCGCCGAAGCCGAAUCUCUUAAGACCUCCAACAUCGAUUCUAACGCAACAAUAGGCUCGCUCGACCAUCUCGCCGGCGAUGUCUCGGACCCGGCCACGGGACCCGCGCUUGUAGCUCACACCGUCUCGCGCUUCGGUCGCUUAGACAUAUGCGUGAGCAAUGCGGGAAUCUGCCAAUUCGCGGAAUUUCUAACUUUAACCGGGGACCUGUGGUCGCGGACGGUACGCACGAAUCUCGACGGGGCGUUUUACGUCGUGCAAGCUGCAGCUCGACAGAUGGCAUCUCAAGAGCCGUUACCCUCGUCCUCUUCUUCGUGGGGAAAACCACAACGCGGGUCCAUCAUCGGACUAAGUUCCAUCUCGGCGUUGGUAGGCGGCGGGCAGCAGACGCAUUACACGCCGACGAAAGCCGGGGUGCUAUCGCUGAUGCAGAGCUGCGCGGUGGCGUUAGGUACGCACGGAAUUCGGUGCAAUGCGCUGCUUCCGGGAACGAUUCGGACGCAGCUCAACGAUGAAGAUCUGGCUGAUGAUGCGAAGCGCGCUUAUAUGGAGGGUCGUAUUCCGCUGGGACGCACCGGUGACCCCCGCGAUAUGGCGGGACCGGCCGUCUUCCUCGCCUCCGAUGAGCUGAGCGGUUAUGUGACCGGUUCGCAGCUACUGGUUGAUGGUGGUUUAUUUGUUAAUCUACAGUGA